AUGAGCGGUUUAACACCGGAAAAGCAUGUUAUCAGACCCGCAUCACAAAAGAACUAUGCUGAAGCAUUUCCACCCCAGGACUGCAAUACACUUACUAUAUUUGCAUACCAACCAUUCCGCAUGACCGUGAAGGAUCUUAGAAUCAUCCAUGCCGACAUCCUUGGUAAGAUAGUCAAGGGUGUAUCGCGAAGUCCUUCCAUAUUAGGAGAACUCUUGGAGAGAUUGAAGAACCGACCAGGUUAG